GCGCGCCCGUCCCAGCGGUAGAUACUGGCCGGUAGGGGAGACAGUCCCUGGCCGUUUGCUCCUGUCUGUGGAGGAGCGGUGGGGAAGUGAUGCGCUAGGGCCAGGGUAGGAAAGAGCCUGGCCGUCUACGCCUCCCGCGACGCUAGUCCCUGAGCCGUCAUGCGAGCGUGGGUCCUACUCUUCGCGGUACUCUGGUACCUAUUAGGAGUGAAAAUAUAUGUAAAAUUACAUCAAAAUAGCCCAGUCCUUAUCUGUAUGGAUUAUGACCGUGCUAGUAAAGAAACAGUGGACCCCACUUAUUUAUGGGUUGGACCUAAUGAAAAGACAUUAACAGGAAAUAAUCGAAUAAGUAUAACAAACACAGGAAUGUUGAUGGUGAAAGAUUUUCUAGAGACUUUGUCUGGACUUUACACAUGUACUCUUUCUUAUAAGAAUAUCAAAGCAGAAACCCAAGAAGAAAGUGUAGUAAAGAAGAGAUAUGACUUUAUGAUAUUUGCCUACCGGGAACCUGAUUAUUCAUACCAGAUGGCUGUGCGUUUUACCACAAAGUCUUGUUUAGGAAGAUACAAUGACCUCUUCUUUAGAGUGCUGAAGAAAAUCUUGGAUAAUUUAAUCUCUGAUUUGUCAUGCCAUGUCAUAGAACCAUCAUUUAAAUGCCACUUUGUUAAAACUCCAGAACAUGACUUCAUACAUGAGCUAUUCAUAGCCUUUCAAGUUAAUCCUUUUGCACCAGGGUGGAAAGGGGCAUGCAAUAACAUGUCUGUUGACUGUGAAGACAUCACUAAUCGUAAUAUACUCAAGGCAAGAGAUCGGAUAGAAGAAUUUUUUCGGAGCCAAGCAUAUAUUUUCUACCAUCACUCUAAUAAAACCCUACCAGCUAUGCAUUUUGUGGACCAUAGUUUUCAAGUAGUACGCAUGGAUAGCUGUCGACCAGGCUUUGGAAAAAAUGCAAGUCUUCACAGCAAUUGUGCUAGCUGUUGUGUGGUUUGUAGUCCUGGAACUUUUAGUCCUGAUGUUGAUGUUACUUGUCAGAUUUGUGUUUCUGUUCAUACCUACGGAGCUAGAGCUUGCCCAUAA